GAAAAAGUGGAGGGUGAAAACAAGAAGAUUGUUGCUUCAUCCUCAAAAGUCACAAAAAGGUACAUUAUUUAUAUUAAGUAAAUGUUCAAAAAUAAUAAUGAACAUUUUCAUAUACCUAAAUGUACAUUUGUGUUAUGUAAUAUGACCAGGAAUGAUGAUAAGAAAAAGUCAAUUGCAGAAAAGAAGAAAAAAACUGAAAAGGAAAAGGUUGAAAGACCAAAACGCGAAAAGAAAACACUUCCUCCUGCUUUCCGAUCUCCUUACUUGGUCAAGUACAAGGAUCUGUUUAAAGAUGAGAAAGCCAUGAACCAAAUUGCAGUAGACUUUGCUCUUGGUGGAAAAGAUGAAAGUGCACUCUUAUACUAUGAUGGCUUGAAUCUCAUCAAUAGAAAUGAAAUGAAAACUCUUGGAGAUGAUGUUGAAGUGACAAAUUGUGUCAUAGAUGGAUGGGCAAGGUUUCUUAAUCAUAAAAAGCCGAGAAACAAGAUUUAUUUCUCAACAGUGCUUCAUCACAUUAUGUGCACAAAUAAAGUUUGUCAAGAAGGAUCAUCAAUGAAGACAAGAAUUAAUGCCUUCAUAGAAAGAAUUGACAAUGAACUGAAGUUGAAUAAAAUUGACAGCAUUGUUGGAUAUAAACAGGUCUUCUUCCCAGUAUCAACUUCUCAACAUUUUUUUCUGUUGUGCGUCAAUCAUAUAGAAGACAAAAUUCAUAUAAUUGACAAUAGAAAACUACCAAAAAAGGUAUCAGUCCAAGCAAAAUAUGAAGAACAACCAAAAAUGAUGUUAAAAGGAUUGGCAGAGUACAUGAAACACCUUGGAUAUCAAGAUGCAAAAAGAAUUGAAGACUACACAGUUGUUUUGGAAAAGAUGAAAUGGCGUAGCAACAAUGACUAUACAAACUGUGGAGUUUACAUUAUGAAGCAUAUGGAAACCUUCACUGCUGAUCCUAAUGAGAGCUGGAUUUGUGAUUUAAAACCAAACAAUGUGGAACAAAUUAGAAAUCUAAGGCUCCAAUACACAGCAGAACUGAUGUUAUUUGAAGAAAACACUGAAUCAAGAGCAAAUAGAAGGAAAGCUAGAAAAUUUGCAACUUUGUAGUUUCAAAUGUUCAUUUACAACUAUGUAUAUGUUCAUUUCUUAUAUAUGACUAUUUUUUUUUUUUAGAAGUAGACUUAUG